AUGUCUACGGUAAUACUCUCUGACCGACUAACAGGAUACUCGUGGGACUACUACCUUAAGGACCGUACAACAGAGACGCUCCUCGAGGUAUUCGAUCUCUUCAUGGCCAUGAUGAAGACGCAAUAUAAUAUACAGGUCAAAGUCUUCGAAUAUCUCGGGAAGCCUCAUCAAGCCCACCUUCGAGCGUACGGCUGCAAAGUGUAUGCGCUCACAACAGACGCACAGCUGGGCAGGAAUAAGUCGAGAAAGCUUCAACCGAGAGGAUGGAUAGGCUACCUCAUUGGGUACAGUACUAGCAACUCCUACCGCGUGUGGAAUCCGCUUACUGCCCGCGUUAUCACAACGCGAGACGUUGUGUUCAGGGAAACCGAGUUCUUUAAUAGAGAUAUCAACGAGCUGCGGGAUAACCUCAAAGACCUCGACGUGAACGAGCUCAACGCUCUUCUCGCGCGACUAGAGGUCUCGCCCACAGGGAUAACAUCUCCAGAGUACGCACACACCGCAGACGAAGAAGUCGAUGAAGUCCAGUACAUUGAAGACGAAGAGGCACAAGAAUACACCGCACCGCCGUCGCCUAAGUACGUGGAGUCACGAUUCGAACUCAAUACACCACCGCGGACGCCACCCACCUCGUUCUUCGCAGGCCUUGAGGAGGCACUCGGAGUGAAGGGGUGGAGGAAGAGACGUGCUUCGAUCGCUCCUGAGGCGGUUCAUGCACGCGAAUCGAUCCACGAAGAGUUUCCAAUUACCACUCCGCGUACCUCCUAG